AUGGAAAAGUUGCCAAAACAGUUUCGUUUGACCAUCACGCGAGGGCAGAACUUUCUGGAAUGGUCGAUGGAAGAAAUGUUAAACGCCUUUAAGAAGGAACUCGAACUUCGUAAAGCGCACAAUGCAGUGGGAACGAAUUCAGAUCGAGAGCAGGAAAGACACGAGCAGGAAAGACACGAGCGAAAUUCGGGUAAUAUAAAGAAAUAUGGCCAACAUCAUCAUGGAACUGCAGCAGCAUUGUUAGCAAACGAAAGGAGAGGAAACUGUGUAUUCUGCCUGAAGAACCACAACCAUGAAGACUGUGAGGGAGUGAAAGAUCCGAGGGCACGAAAGAGUUUGGCUCGUAAAUACGGUAGAUGUUUUCUUUGUUUAUUUAAGGGCCAUAGAGCCAGUAAUUGUACUGUUAAAAAUAGGUGUAAUGUUUGCAAUGGGGCACAUCAUGUUGCAUUGUAUGAUGCAAGCCCUAAAGAAGACGAUAAACGUGAUAAAACAGUCAAACCUGACGAAGAAUCUAAACAGGUCCCUGUUAAUACUAAUGUGCAUGUGACUAGUUCCAGUAGUAACUUGCAUGCGGGAACUGGUAGCCUGGUUGCCUUGCGAACUGCACGCGGGGUUUUAAGGGGUGAAAGGGUGGGUUCUCUUUGAUGCGGGAAGUCAUCGUUUCUUUGUUACUUCUAAAGCAGCUAGUCUUGUGAAUCCCAAGGGCUUAAGAAGGGAAUUGUUAGGGAUUAAUACGUUCGGUCAAAAAUGUACCAAUGCCGAGCACAGGGAGGUGGUCGAAUUAAAGCUUGAACCUGUUAACGGGAAUAAGGUUAUCUCCUUAGAAGCAUUUGUAGUGCCAGAAAUCUGUAGAAUACAGAAUAGCCAUGUAGAACUAGCAAGGAGAGAAUACCCACAUUUGAAAGGUAUACGGUUUUCAGAUGUCUCGAAGUGUCAGGGUGAGCUACAGAUAGAUGUGUUGAUAGGGGCAGACUACCUCUGGAAUUUUCAGACAGGUGUAACCAAGAGAGGUAAAUCUGGAGAGCCAGUUGCCAUAGAAACUGAGUUAGGAUGGGUUUUAUCAGGGCCUUUGAGAGUGCAAGAUAUAGAGGGAGCAGAAUUAGCUCAAGUAAAUUUUGUAGCUCAGACAAUGAAUAAUGAAGAUAGUUUGGAGAGUAAUGUACAGAAGCUGUGGAGUUUUGAAGGGUUAGGUAUCUGUGAGGAAGAUAAGGUUCAUGAGGUGUUUUUAGAUGGCAUAUCUUUACAGGUAGUAGAUAUGCAGUGA